UACAUAAAUACGUUAUAUGUAUGUCUCCAUCUUCAUAUCAGCGUCCACAACUCGACGGCCUCUCUCCUGUGGGGAGACAUUCUUAGAUCUGGGGAAGUUGGGAGCACUCAAACCAUGAAGCCGCGCAUACCCUUUGAAGCACUCGAGCUAGUUAUUGGCGCAUGAGACUGACCUGGGGCAAGCAAUGAAGUAGUUGGUGGAGGCAUGAUGCAAUUUAUAAACACAUAGAUGUGUUAAGAGUGCCCCUACCGGCCAUUAUUGUCCGCGACCUGCUUGGAGAUGCAUUUAGCCCCGGGGAUACCCUCGCUGCACGAAUCUUUCCCGGCGGUGGGAAGCAGCCGGGUUGAUCCCGUACGGAAACAUCGUCGGGAAUUACGCGGAUGCCUAUCCGGUGGUGUGGUCAAAUACCUGCGAUUUUGGAUAUAAGCGGGAGAGUCCACCAACAUGUAAGUCAAGACAAUUCGGAUACAUCCUGGAGUUUCGUGCAAUCAACAAACAGUCAAGCUAAAACAUAGCUGUUUAUUGAAACGGGCAAAUCCAACGAGAGGAAUAAUGGCCUAUCUUGAGCUCUUCGCCCUCACAUGGAGUUUGUAUCCCCGCCGCGUGCUCAUAUACCUACACGAAAAGGGACUCCUGCCUUCUCCGCACAUCAAGGUCACGCCCGUCACCAACGUAUUCGGCACCCGCAAGAUGGUGGCCCCCGGCAAGCCACCUGGUACGGUGCCCAUCCUGGUCUUGCCGGACGGUAGCUUGAUCAAACAGUCCAUCGCGAUCUUGGAGUACUUUGAAGAACUUUGCGACAAUCCGCAGGAAGACUGGCAGAAGGAGAUCGCGGCGACCGCAAAGCGCUCGUCCAUGAUGGGACGUGAUGCGCGCGCGAGAGCAACGACCCGGGAGGUGCUCCAGCUGGCAGACGAGGCCACAUCGUUCUUCACGUUCGCCUGCCGCACGGGAACCAAGCUAGCUGAAAGGAUGGGGCCGACGAAUGCUGUCGCGGCUAGAAUGACCAUGGAAUACGUGUGGCAGGCUAUGCGACUCCUCGAGGCCUACUACGAGGGCGCCGACGCUCGAGUAGCCGGUUCCGAUUCCGACGAGACCGCCACCGCCAUCACCAUAGCCGAUUGCGUGCUCUUCUCGCUCCUGCAGUUCAGCAAGGGGCUAUACGGCCGCGAUAUAGUAGCAGAGAUCGAGCUGCCGAACCUGAGGAAGUUCUACGAUGCUUUCUCGCAGAGAGAGAGCGCCAAGAUUCCCGCGGAUUUCUAUCCUCGGGAACUUACAGAGGUCGCCCAGGUCUGGCUGGAGUGACGCGUACGUAUAUUAUACGUGUGAUGGUUAAAAAUGACGAGGACUUGUUCAGAUGUGGCUUUUCGCAUAUCAUGUCAAUCUGUGUGUGUGUAUUAUUAAAGAUCUCUACUGGCGAUCUGAAUACGAAUACCUCUUGCGUAGUCGGGAGGCUGUUGGCUUUAACUUGUCGACCUACACUUGUGU